UGUGUGGCAUGGUUCGGGGCCAUUGCCCUGACCUCACUGCCCGGGCGGCUGGUGGGGGCGGCCCUGGAGCCCUUUCCUGAGGGCGCCGCCCAGAGGGUGGAGGUGGAGGUGGUGGAGGGCGGCUCGGCCAGGGUGGAGUGCGGUGCCCCCAACUCCAUCCCAGAGGCUCGGGUCACUUUCUACAAGGAUGGUCACCUCCUUAACAUAUCCUCCAGUGAUCCAGUGUACCGCCUCACCCCUCAUGGGGACCUCCUCAUACGGGCGGUGGGGGCGUGGGCGGCGGGGGAGUACACCUGCGCCGCCCACAACCCUGUCCUGGACCAGACCACCGCCCCGCCCACCCUCACUGCCCUCAGGGUCCUCCCCAAGACAGUGACCACCCCUGAAGCAGCCCCGGAGUUCGUCACUCUGCGUACUGUUUAUACCGGACACACAGGUUCCAAUUUGACAAUGCUGUGCUUGGCCAAUGGUCAUCCCAAACCAAGUGUGCGAUGGACAAGGUAUGGAGGGAUGCUGCCAUCUCGGAGUUCACAGGAGGAGGAUGGGUCACUGUUCAUCACCCAACUAGUAGUGGAGGAUGAGGGCACAUAUCUGUGUCACGCAAAUAACGGUGUCGGCACAGAGGUCAUGUUGGAUGUGUCGCUGGAGGUGUUAGAGGCUCCGAGCAUAACUCUAGCUCCUAAAUCUCAAGUUGUGGAAGAAGGUAAAGGCGUGACUUUGUCAUGUACAGCGGCAGGAUACCCUCAGCCCAAAAUCAUGUGGGUCUUCAAUGGAGGAUUAGUAAGAAAUGAUGGCAAUAUAUUAAUUACGGAAAGUGGUUUAACCAUUGAGGUUGUGGAGAAAGAACAUGCAGGGAUCUUCCAGUGUUUUGCUCACAACCCAGAGGGAACUGUACAAAGUGUAGCUGUGAUAAGUGUAGUGCCGAAGACUGUCACUGCUGGCCCUCAUGCUACUGCCCGUAAUGAUUACGUGCCUAGUGAAACUACUGACAGUCGGAGAUGGCGUAAUGGUCAAAGAAGAGAUGGUGGCGUAGGAGCUGGAGGAGGAGGAGGUAACGGUGGAGGUGAGAGAAGAAGUCACGGUCGGAAUGGUGGAAAUGGACAUGGUGGAAUAUCAAGACAAAAUGAUGAAAAAGUUGAAGAUCCGUCAGAAACUGGGGACACUGGUGGUUGGAAGAAGAAAGGAAAGAAAGGUUUGAUGGUUCCACCAUCCAAGCCAAGAAUGACGAAAGUCUCAGAUGAAUCAGUGAUGGUAACAUGGGAUGGCCCUGAAGCUUCAGGUUUACCUAUUCUCUUUUAUAAGAUUCAAUAUAAAUUAGUCCGGAGCCGCGGGAGUCGUGGCAGCCGAUGGAUGACUGUGGACGAAGACAUUCCACCCCACAUUAACAGUUAUGAAGUGACAGGUCUCCAGACUAGUCGCAUUUACAGAUUUCGUAUUGCUGCUGUAUAUGCUAAUAAUGACAACAAACUUGGGCCAAACUCUCGUCGUUUUCAUUUGGAGAAAGAUUUAACAAUUCAACGUCCUGCGUAUCCUCCUACUAUUGUCGAGCAGAUACCUCAAGGACCCACAUCUGUUAAACUGGUUUGGCAGUAUGAGCCUUCUCCAGGUGUACCUGUGGAAGGAUUUUUUAUCAAUUAUCGUGAAGCAACAAUAGCUGGGGAAUACACUAAGGUUACAGUAUUAGGACCUACUAAAAGAAGUUUUGUAAUAUUACACUUGAAAGCCAAUGUCUCCUAUGAUUUCAAGAUACAGUGCUUCAACAUUGCCGGAGCCUCGGAAUUUUCACCUAUAUAUAAGAAGACUGUAACUAGCACUUCUCCCACCACAACAGAAACUCCAGUGGAGGUUAGCCACGUGGGGCCUAUUGCAAAGAAUGGUGACCUAAGUCUCUCCAAUAUUCAUCUCUAUAUUAUUCUUGGAGCCGUUCUUGGAAUUUUACUUUUAAUUGUAAUUGUUUCUGCAACAAUAUACACCUGCAGAAAUAAACACACUGAAGAUGACACAAGAUCAACAAAAUAUGAAGACACGUCACUCCACAUCCAUCGGGAAACUGCCACCUAUGUAUUACCACAUCAACAGAAUAAUGGACAAACCCCAAAUGGCUAUCUACCACAUCAGGGUAUUGCUGUCUCUCCUGGGGAGGAUGAAAAGGUAGCAAUUGAGAGUUCCUUCAUAGAAAAUAACAACCACAAUACUCAGCCAGUGGACGGAUGUUAUACACCAACCGCAAGACGAAUACCUAAUGAGGAUGGCAGUGCUAAAUCAGAAGUGAAAAGUCAAGCCUUACCUAGAAAUUCUAGUGAUAAUUUUGAAGGUAGCGGGCUAUCCUGUGGUGAUAUAGACCCUAAAACCAGAGACUUUGCUUACCAUUCAUGACAUUUUGCAUAACCCGGUGGUAACAUUAGCAUGUAAAAUACUUGUGGUGUUAAGUGCUGUUUUGAUUAGUGGUGCAUCAAAAUCAAAUAUUCCAGUUAAAAAAUGAGGAUGCAAAAAAAAACAAUUUCUCAGAAGUGUGAAACUGGUAAGUUUGAACAUUUUUAAAAAAGUUCCAGAAAUUAGUGAAUUCUAAAGGCUUAAACAUACAUCCAAGUAAGAAAUUGAAGUUUAAAAUAAUUAGUUCCUGGUUUCCCAUUGUUGGGGACAACAGUGGCCUAACUUGUAGGUGCCUACUGUAUUUACUACUAGGUGAACAGAGGCAUCAGGUGCAAGCAACUAUGCUCAAACAUCUCUGACCUGCACUGGAAUUGAACCUGGGAUCUUUCAGAUGUGAACUAACUGAGCUGACCACUGUUGAAAAUGGCCCAGGUUGAAGAAAAAAUGUGUACACAGUACAUUCAUCUUUUACAGUAAUGGAAAUACAUUGUGAUAUUAUAUUUAAGUACAAUAUUUUGUAGAUAUGAAUUAUAUAAGUAGUUGAAUGAUUUGUGUAUUGAAUACACAAUGUAGUAAACAUCAAUUGUGAUGUGUUACUUUAUGAAUGUGUAUGUGUAACAUACGUCUUGUAGCAUACCAUGCCCGGUAAACUAUGAAUUUUUGGUUAACUCUAACAGAGAGUGAGAGAGAGAGAGAGAGAGUGUGAGAGUGAGUGAGUGAGCGAGUCCUCCAACUUGCAAACAGGAUCAUUGACACAAUGCUAGAAAUGGGGGUGUACAUUCCUAGAAUACCAAAAAUCAACAUAAUUUACAGCAAAAUUUGCUUUUAUAAGAUAACAUUAGCAGCAUAUUAUUUACUCUAAUUACUAGCAGAAACAACAUUUGUGGAGCAGUUAACACAAACACCUGUGUGAUCUGUGUUUUGCUUCAUCCUCUUCAGGUAUCUUGAUUUUCUACAUCUGCAUUUGAUAGGAUAUUGGGGCUUUAGUCCUAGUGCAAUAUAAACACUUUUUCUCCUCACAAGCCAUUUUUAAGGGUGUUUACCUCAAUAAACAACUUACGUAAAUAGUCCACAAAAUACAUUGUGGAUUUUCACAGUACGAGAGGACUGCUGACUGGGCAGUGUGAGUCGGCCAUACGGCACCUGUAUGUUGUGCAAAGGCAACACUGUAUUAUGCGAGACAAUGGAGUGGGUGCAUGUAGCUGAUUGAGAUGCUAAAAUGGGGACUCGUAUCCAUUCGUAUGAUUUUAGAUAUUUGUAAGUUGGGGACCCCCUGUAUAGUAUAUCAUAAUUAAUUACCUGCUAAGCUUGGAUAUAUCUUGUCAGUUAAUUUUGUUAAUUUAGAGUUUAUGUUUACUGUAAACUGCAAUUCUUUUCUGCAUACAAAAUGUAGUAAAAUAAAAUAGGCAAUGUGAUCUUAUGUUAAUUGUCUGGGUUAAUAAUGUGCUGUCAUCAUGUAUAUAUUCUGCGAAGAUUGCUUAAUUCUUCAAGCAGGUUAAAUGUCAUAUAAUCUGAAGAAUCAUAGAAACCUACACAUAGAACUCUUCAAGAGAUUUGCUAUAAUAUUGUGUAAAUAGAUACAAAUGUAUAUAAAAUUGAAAUAUUGUAUUGUGAAUACUGUAUAAUUUUUGACCAUUUCAUACUUAUUUCUCUCUAUAUAUUUGUACUCUUGUUAAUAAAAAUAUUUAUAAAA